CACGAUAAUAUAUGAAUAAUAGGAGUGGUUAGCUGAAUUCAACAAUGUAAGGUAUUUUUGACACAAUAAUUUGUUAAAUCGACGUGAUAUGGCAGGUCUGUCACUCGACGACGACACAGAGCCGAUUCUUUUAGUGAACAAACUGACCCCUCAUUUCCUGUGUCCAGUAUGUGAACAGCUGUAUAAAAAUCCGGUCAUAAACAUAAAAUGUGGACACACGUUUUGCAAGAAGUGUGCGAGUGGAUGUUCCAGGUGCCCUGUGGACAAUGAGCCCUGCGAUGCAAGCCAGCUUAUUUUAAACAGACUUGUUGUUGGUCAGAUUGAUGAACUCCUGAUUUACUGUAAAUAUGGCAUUAGAAAACAAAAUGGAACUUGGGUUCAGGACCCAACAGGCUGCCACGAACAGAUAAUUAUUGGAAAUCGACAUCAACAUGAGGAUGAAUGUGAAUUUUCUCCUAAACCUUGCCCUAAUGAUGUACAGAACUGUGGCACAUUCAGGUCCUCUGAACUUGAGCAACACUUACAGAUCUGUCCAUACUUUGAAUGUGAUCACAAAGAUAAAGGAUGUGAAUUUCAUGGGAGACAAGAUGAAGUUAGAGACCACCUAGGAACAUGUGGGUACAGAGGACUGCCCAACAGCAUCAGCCAGAGGGAUUUUCAAGACCAGACAAAAGCAUUAGAGGCUAAGAACAGAUGUUUGAGAGACAAACUUGACAGUCUGACAAAACGAGUGGAGGUGUUAGAAGGAAACAAGAACUCACUGGAAUUUGCUUUGGAGACAUGUUUAAGCAAUUUUCAGAAUUUAAACAAGAAGCAUGAAGCCCUUCAGACUUUAGUGGAACAAUUAAUGACGUCACGAAAUCGGCGCUCUAUGUCAUCACCAGGAAAUUCUGCGGAGGCUAUUAAACAGAGAACUAGCAGUACCAGUAGCUUCUCAAGUCCAAAGCUCAGUCCUCCAGCAAAUUUGAGACCAGAAACCUGGAAAAUGCCUUUCCAGUUCAAAUGUAUAGGGUCCCUCAGAGGCCACAAGAAAGAAGUUUGGUGCCUGGCUCUGUACAAACAGAGAUUGUAUAGUUCUGGAGGGGAUAGUUUGAUCAAAGUCUGGGAUCUAGAUGUUGUCACCAAUGGCUGCAUCAAAACCAUGGAGGGUCACACCGGAGUGGUCCAUACUAUGGCCAUCUAUGAGAAUACAUUGGUGUCUGGGGGAGACGACCUCUCCAUCAGAGUUUGGAAUCUGGAUUCUAACACACAGGAAAACUGUGUCUUUAAUGCCCAUGAUAAUCUGAUCAGUUCCAUGGUAGUUGUUGGGGACAACCUAUUUACUGCAUCAUACUCACUAAUAAAGGUUUGGGACAUGAAGACCCUGUCUUUAAUACACACAAUAUCUGGAUUACACCACUGGGUCCGAGCCCUGGUAGUAAGUCAAGACAAAGAGAGCUUAUACAGUGGAUGUCACAAUACCAUUGACAUUUGGAACACCUCAGGAUCUUUCCAACAUAAAGGGAACAUUCCACACAACUAUGGGUCAAUUUACUCUCUGGCAAUCACCCAUGAAUUUGUCAUUGCAGGUACAUACAACAGAAAUAUACAGGUGUUCAGUUUAUCAAAUAAUCAGCAUGUCUCCUCCCUUAGGGGUCAUAUCGGGGUCGUGAACUCUCUGACUGUGACCCCAUCAGGUCGUUUUCUAUUUUCGUCUUCCAGUGACCAAACAAUAAUGAUCUGGAACUUGGAGAAUAUGCUGCCUAUCCAGACCCUCCACAGACAUGAGGGAGGGGUCAAUGCAGUAGUUCUGUAUGGGGACACACUCCUGUCUGGCUCUGAGGAUCAUGAAAUCAAGUUGUUCCAGUAUUUCCAAAUGCAGAUGGGAUUUGCCUUACAAACAUGAAAAUCAACCUCAUGCAAUAUCGAUUUUCACAGUGUAUUGUUUUGUGAUAAAAUCUCAGCAUCCAAUAAAAACUUUCAUGUCUUUCAUAUUGACAAUUUAUAGAAUGUUUAUUGCAUAAACAUGUUUACUUUGUUCAUGCUUAGGUUUAUAACUUAAGGUAAAAAAUGCUCUACAAAAUCUGAAAUUGGAAAUUAUUUUUCAGCAUGGACUUCCAGUUAUGUUUACCCACAUGCAAUACACUGUAAUUCAUUCCAUGUACACUAAUAUAGAAAAUUCAUUUUGUGGGUGUGUUUGUUUGUCUCAUUUAAAAGAAUCAACUUUCACUGUUAAGAACUACUGACAUACAAAUGUAGCAUUUGAAUAUUUUUGUUUUUGUGAAACAUACAUGUAUUUAAACAUGUGUUUAUUAUUUGCUUUUGUACAUUUUCAUGAAGUAAGAUAUCAGGGAAUCAUCAUUUUGUUUACAAGGUCAUUUAGCAAAUUAU